ACUCGAACCAUGUCCACUACGUCUGGUUCGAGUUCCUCCAGGGAGGAACAACAGCCAAAAGUGACCAACUAUGCCGCCAUAAAAAAUGCUCCUCUCGUCGGUCUCGCAGAGGGUAACAGUUCUUUCAACAACCUUCAUCUCGCAGCCCUUGUUCUCUUCUUUCCAUGGUUGCUUAAACGUCUUUUACCUCUUUUCAACCGUGGAGGCCUAAAGACAUACCUAUUCCUCCUUGUUGUCACCGGAGUCCCCACGACUAUCGCCUAUUGGACAUUCAUGAGCCAUUAUGGUCCCCGAGUAAAUGAAAAGGUCAAGCUUCCAGGCAAAAACAUCGAGGAGUACAUUACUAUUAAGGACCCCGAGCUCAAGAAACUCUACAACGGCAGGGGGAAAAUUCCUAUGCAGGUCUUCCAUGACGGUUAUUUCGACGGCAAGAUUGAUUUUAACGGUGAUGUACUUGAGGUCCUUGAACACCGUCACGACUGGGCCAAAUUCACCAUGACCUUCGAACUCUUCAAAUACGUCUUCACCGUCCUCAUCCCAGAUGUCAUCACCCACUCCCGUGAGCAGGAUGAGGAUCAGGUUCGCGAUCAUUAUGACCGAGGAAACGACUUCUACUCUUGGUUCCUUGGGCCCCGAAUGGUCUACACCGGUGGUGUCAUUAUCAAGCCUAACGAGAAAGAGACCUUGGAACAGCUCCAGGACAACAAACUUGCUGUCAUUUGCUCCAAGGCGGAAUUGAAGCCUACCGACAGGGUUUUAGAUAUUGGUUGCGGAUGGGGCACCCUUGUCACCUAUGCUGCUAAGAAUUUCGAUUGCGACACCACUGGCGUUACCCUCUCUCGCAACCAAACCAUUUUUGGCAACAACCGUGUCAAAGAGAAUGGUGUCUCUGACCAGAAGGCUCGAAUUCUUUGCUGUGACUUCCGUGAUCUCGCUGCGAAAGAGGGCAAGGGUGCUUUCACGAAGAUCGUCUCACUCGAGAUGGCAGAGCACGUUGGCAUCAGGAGAUACCAGACCUUCCUCAGGCAGAUUUAUGACUUGCUUGACGAUGACGGCCUCUUCGUCCUCCAGGUCUCCGGUUUCAGGCAAUGCUGGCAAUACGAGGAUUUGAUCUGGGGUUUGUUCAUGAACAAGUAUAUCUUCCCCGGCGCCGAUGCAAGUUGCUCGCUUGGCUGGCAUGUUUCUCAGCUUCAAAGUGCUGGCUUCGAAAUCAAAAAUAUUGAUGUCCUCGGCGUUCACUAUAGUGCUACCCUUCACAGGUGGUACGAGAACUGGAUCUCGAACAAGGACAAGGUGAUUGAAAAAUACGGUGAACGAUGGUUCAGGCUUUGGUCCUUCUUCCUCGCAUACAGUACCAUCAUCUCCAGACAAGGCAGUUGCUCCAUCUUUCAGAUUACAUUACAUAAAAAUCUCAACGCAUUCCAUCGUGUUGCGGGUAUUGAGAGUCAUGCCUCUAUUCAUGUUAAACUCGACAAAGAGCCCUUGCUUGUUGAAUGAAGUGAUACCACUGAAGAUGGCAUUGAAGGCCUAGAUCGUGAGGAUUGGAGGGGAAGUUGUCAUGCUUAACAUAGAUAUCCCGCUGUUUAUACGUGCUUAAUCUCCGUUCUAUACUUUGACGCAAACGUUAUUUAAGUGUUUUCAG